AUGUCAUUGCCUCUCUUUCGUAUCAUCAGCACCCUGGGCGUGGCAGCCACCCAAGCGGCAACCCUGUCCAAAUGCUCGCCGUUCCACCUCCCCAAACCCGAGCUACUUGGACCUUCUAUCCUCGAGGUUCAAGCCGAUGAAGUCCACAACCAUUCAGCCGUCAGUCUUGGCCCAGUUACAUACACUCAUCCUGGUUGGAACGACACAAUCAACACUCAGGUCUGGCUACCAUUCGGGGGCUUUGACGCUACUUACCUCACAUACGCCGUCGCCCAAGGUUUCGCAACUACCUCCACCGAUGGAGGUCACGACACGGGAGCCGAAGCUGUUCCAACCGAUCUCACGUGGUCUCUGAAGAGCAAAAAUAACCUCGACUGGCACCUAUUCGAAGACUAUGCAUCCAAGGCCACCAAUGACAUAGGGGUGAUUGGAAAGGAGAUUACCAAGUCGUAUUACAAGAAAGCUGCCAAAUAUUCCUAUUUCGCCGGAUGCUCUGGCGGUGGAAGACAAGGUCUAAUGAUGGCGCAAGACUAUCCGGAUGUCUUCGACGGCACCACUCGAGACUUGUGCCCGUAUCCCCUCCGUCAGAAGUUUAUUGGCGGUGAUCCGAGGAACGCCACAUCUUUCACCUACGCUAAAUAG